AUGGGGUUGAAAAUUGAAAGAAUAAAUGCAUGUCCCAAUGACUGUAUAUUAUAUAGAAAUGAGUAUGCCGAUCUACAUCAAUGUGUUAGGUGUGGUACAUCGCGUUAUAAGGGUAAAACUAAUGGAAUGGUGGAAGAUAGAGUUGUCAUAAAAGAUGGAAUUCCAGCUAAAAUAUUGUGGUACUUACCUAUCAUACCUAGAUUGAAAAGAUUAUUUGCUAAUGCUAAGGAUGCAAAGUUGUUACGCUGGCAUGCUAAAGAGCGUAAAAUAGACGGAAAGAUUAGACAUGUGGCCGAUUCUCCUCAAUGGAGGAACAUUGAUAGCACUUUUGAAAAAUCUGGGGAGGAGAUUAGAAAUAUUAGGUUUGGGCUUAGUUCAGAUGGAAUAAACCCAUUCGGAAAUAUGAGUAGUCGUCAUAGCACUUGGCCGGUUCUUUUGUGUAUUUACAAUCUUCCACCAUGGCUAUGUAUGAAACGUAGAUACAUCAUGAUGUCAUUGCUCAUUCAAGGUCCCAAGCAACCUGGGAACAACAUCGACGUGUAUUUAGCUCCGUUACUUGAUGACUUGAAACAAUUAUGGAGUACAGGUGUUGAAGUGUUUGAUGCAUACAAGGAGCAACGUUUCCAACUACGAGCUUUACUUUAUUGCACAAUCAAUGAUUUCCCAGCAUAUGGCAAUUUAUCAGGCUAUAGUACAAAAGGGAAAAAAGCUUGUCCAGUAUGUCAAGAUGACACAUAUGCUUUAAGGUUGAAUCAUUGUAGAAAGCAUGUAUUUAUGGGCCAUCGAUGGUAUCUUACAAGAUACCAUCCAUACCGCAAGUUAGAUGCAAAAUUAUUUGAUGGGCAAACCGCGCCUAUGAAUGCACCGAAACCACUCAAGGGUAAGGCUGUAUAUUCUCAGGUCAAAGAUAUAAACAUUGUAUUUGGGAAAGGUCAAAAGAGUCUCGACGGUAUAUGGAAAAAGAAAUCAAUCUUUUGGGAAUUACCGUACUGGGAGCAUUUGCAAGUUCGACAUUGUCUUGAUGUAAUGCAUAUUGAGAAAAAUGUUUGUGAUAGUUUGAUAGGUUUAUUGUUAAACAUUCAGGGGAAAACAAAAGAUGGAAUCAAUGUUCGAAAAGACAUGGUCGACCUGGGAAUUCGUCCAGAGCUUGCUCCUGUUGAAAAAGGCAAGCACAUUUGGCUACCAACCGCUUGUUAUACCAUGUCAAAGAAAGAGAAAAUGAGUUUUUGUAAAUGUUUGCAUGGUGUGAAGGUUCCAUCAGGGUAUUCUGCCAACAUUAAGAAGUUGGUUUCACUAAAAGACUUGAAACUGAUUGGUAUGAAGUCUCAUGAUUGUCAUAUUUUAAUGACACAAUUGAUUCCCGUUGCAAUCCGUGGAAUACUGCCAAACCAUAUCCGACACACAAUCACAAAGCUAUGCUUAUUUUUUAACAUGAUUCAUUCAAAAGUGAUUGAUCCUGAGGUGUUGGAUACAUGGCAACAAGAAAUUGUGGUCACUCUUUGUCAACUUAAGAUGUACUUCCCGCCUUCUUUUUUUGAUGUAAUGGUUCACCUAAUAUCUCAUAUUGUCGAAGAAAUUAAAGCAUGUUGUCCUGUGUUUCUACGAUACAUGUAUCCAUUUGAGAGAUAUAUGGGGUUUUUAAAAGGGUGUGUAAGAAACCGUUCACGACCCGAAGGUAGUAUUGUUGAAGGAUAUGUUGCGGAAGAAGUGAUUGAUUUUUGCACAGACUAUCUUGCCGAUGCUAAAAGUAUUGGAAUCCCGCAAGCUCGACAUGAGGGUAGACUUUCUGGUGCUGGGACAAUUGGAUUGAAAUAUUUUGACCCGGAUUACAUUGACUUACAGAAGGCACAUUUAUAUGUCUUAGAGAACAUGACAGCGGUUGCUCCGUACGUACAUGAGCACAUGGCAGUGUUGCGAGACUUAAACCAGUCAAUGAGCGAUUUCGCUUUGGCUACCGAGCAUAAUAAAAUAUUUGCGAAUUGGUUAAAAGAAAGAGUGAAAGAAAGUUAUGGUGGAGAAAGGGUUGAUCAAUUAGUGGAGCGUUUGGCGUAUGGUCCUCGACAUAGUUUUUGCUGA